UUGAUAGGAGGUCAACUGAACAGCUUUAACCAUGUAACAAAAAUCAAGAACAUCAUAUUCACAUUUAGCGCCUUCAAGUCACCCAAGCGUAAAAUUUGGCGACAACGAGUGAUUACCUGGGCUUUCCGAGAUCCUUUCAAACUCUUAAUGAAUGAGCAGAGCCAGCAACUAAUGAGAACUCUCAUAUCAACAGCUUUUGCCUUAUGGGGAAAUGCGCUAGAUGGAUAUCUGGAUUUCCAGGAUGUCUCACACCUUAUCAGCAACAGCGAAAAUGUAGCAAAACCUUCUGAUGUAGAUAUAGAUAUCCUCUUUGCUCGCGGAUCUCAUGGAGACAAAGAGGCGUUUGAUGGGAAAGGCAACAUGGUGGCACAUUCCAGUUAUCCCCCAGAUGGUAUUCUACAUUUGGAUGCUGAUGAAGACUGGUCAUUUGAUGGCUCACAUGGGGUCGACUUGCGCUAUGUAUGUUUUUUCUGUUCUUUGAUCUAG